GAAUAACAAUAAGAAGAAUAGUACAGCUUUUAUUUCUCUCUCUCCCGUACAAAAACACUCUCUCACCAAAAACCAAAUGGUCCCCCCAUCAUUUCAUAUCUCUCUCUCCAUCGAUUAGCUCAUAUAUAUAUAUAUUUAAUAAUUAUAAAAUCCAGCAUCAGCUUUAUAAAGAUUUGUGCACAUAUACUAUAUACUUUUCAACUAUUUGAACCCGGUGGCGCAUACUUUUCAACUAUUUGGACCCCUCACGACGCCGUAUUCUAUUUUGUAACUCGUGUUUAGAAAAAUCUCAACUUUCACGUAAGAGGCAAGUAACAAACAAAUAUUAGUUGAUCUGAGCCAUAGAUCGUUCCGCAUGACUCAAAUUUGAUCUGAGCCAUAGAUUUAUGCGUCCUUCUCUUCAGUUGCUUGCUGCUUUAAAAAUACUUUGAGAAGUUGGGGAAAGAUUAUAAUCUAUCAUUCAUUUUCCAACAUCUUCUGGCUCCCAGGUUGCAUUUUCUCACUCUCUGAAUCGAAAUAAAUUUACAUGGAAAUGAAUUUAUCUUCUUCUUUGGCCUCUGAGAAAUUAAUAACUAUAUGCAAAUAACUAUAUAAGAAUCACCUUGUGAGCUGGCUCUUUCGAUUUUUUUAUUGAAAUAGUUUUUCGUGGAAAGAACCGGUGGUGGUGGUUUAGUAGCGCUUAAGGGAAUUAAAAAUCCAAUACGGUGAAUCCGGUUUCAAAUCACACCGACCACACGGAUAUGAGUUAUUGCUUUCGGCUCAUUUGAAUGCCCCUGAUAAAGUCUAUUUAUGGGCUAUACCUCCACCCGGAGGUUAGCAGGUUUAUAAUUGGAAAAAUGGAAAGAUCUUCAACGACAAAGUCAGUCAGGGAGAGUGUUAGAGGAAGCUUAAAGACAGCUUACAUCAAGAUGAAAACUCCUGAAAACUGGAGGAAGAUAAUCCUGUUCGUUUGUGUUGUUGCUUUGGGUAUUGAUCCUUUGUAUCUCUUUGUACCUGUGGUUGAUUCUCCUAACUUCUGCUUCACUUUCGACAAGAAGCUUGCCACAGGAGUAUCUGUCCUUCGUACCUUCAUUGACGUAUUAUAUGUGGUUCAUAUCAUUUCGAAUUUCAUGAGAUAUUCAAAUGGCCAGUUAAACUUCCAUUCUAAGCCUAAAUGGGAACCAUAUUUUUUCAUCUUUCAUACCAUUGUUGACAUUUUGUCUGUUCUCCCCAGUCCUCAGGUUCUCGUUCUCACUUUAAUGCGUCGGUCUGACUCGCUCGUGUCAAGAGAAAUACUGAAAUGGAUUAUACUUUCUCAAUAUAUACCAAGAAUCCUACGUAUCUAUCCGCUUUACAAAGAAGUGACAAAAGCCUCUGGUACAGUAGCAGAAACAAAGUGGAUUGGAGCUGCUUUUAACCUUUUCCUCUACAUGUUGCACAGUCAUGUGUUUGGGGCUUUCUGGUACGUGAGUUCAGUAGAAAAAAUUAACAAAUGUUGGCGUCUAGCAUGUCCUGAUAUCCCGGGAUGCAAUCUCAAAUUCCAGUUCUGUGGACAAGAAGGUGGAAACAACAUUGGUGCAUUGAACACUUCAUGCCCAUUAAUCGAACCUGACCAAAUCACAAACUCAACGGUCUUCAACUUUGGUAUGUACAUUGAUGCAUUGAAGUCAGGGAUCGUAGAGGUCAAUCCAGAUGAUUUUCCAAGGAAAUUCUUUUACUGCUUUUGGUGGGGUCUACGAAAUAUUAGUGCUUUAGGUCAAAACCUACAGACAAGCAACUCUGUUGGGGAUAUCGUCUUUGCUCUUAUCAUCUGCGUCUCUGGUUUACUUUUGUUUGCUGUCCUCAUUGGAAACAUCCAGAAGUUUUUGCAAUCAACUACAAUUAGAUUAGACGCAAUGUUGGAGAAAAAGAGAGACACUGAAACAUGGAUGUCGAAUAAUAAUCUGCCAAAACAUAUAAGGGAAAGCAUUAGAAAACACGACGAAGACAAAUGGAAAAGUACCAGAGGCAUCGACCAUGAAACAAUUCUUAAGAGCCUUCCAGAAGACAUCAGGCAACAAACUGAACUUCAUAUUGAACGGAAUUCUUUAAACAGUAUUUUUUCCAAAUCUGUUCGUGGCUGUAGACGACUUAUAUGGAAGUCUUCUGAUCAAUGUCGAGUCACAGCCACGAAGAAGAGGUGAAAAAGAAGACGCGACGAGGAAUGACGAGAGGGAGACGCACCAUGCGUGACGAGGUGUAGCCGAAUAAUAAGUAUCCAAGUGGGACUUGAUUAUAAUGUUAUUGGGCUGUGUUGGGUUUGUCUAAAACUAUCUAAAACUUAUUUUUGUUAUAAACCACUUGGUGGUCGACCCAUAUUUAUUAUAACGGUCUAUUUGUACUUGUAUAUAUAGAAUCCUUUGAGUUAAUGAAUAAAGUAUCCUUUUCAUAAA